UCUACCUGCUGGAAUCGGAACCUGUUAAAGCACACUUUUGAAUGCGAAAAGUGGUUCUCGUUCCAACGGCGCUGCUCGCAGCAGCAGUGAUUGGAUUCUUCAUAUGGAACUUUUUGCUACUAUCAUCACAUCUCGCUGGCUCGGCGGGCGAAACACGCAUGGCGACGUUGCUGGAGCAGGUGGAAAAUUCGCAGCAGCAGAUCAUUGCGCAGCAGCAGCAGAUACAGCAACUGAUGGAGCGCGACGCCAAUCGCCAGGCUGCGCCGUGCGUCCAGCAUCAGUCUGAAGGGACCAAGGCAGACAGGCGGGAUGAUCCGCCCGUCCCAACACUCGAGGACAACAACAACACGCCCGCCGUCGUUGGAAAACAAACAGUCCACUCUGCCGGGGAGCCCAUCGCCGUGCUCGUUAUCGCAUGCAACCGACCGGAUAUGGUGCGAUGCGUGGACCGGCUGCUCAAGUUCCGUCCAUCCGAGCGCUUCCCAAUCAUCAUUUCACAGGAUUGCGGCGAUGCUUCGACUGCCGCGACCAUCCGUGAGCACUAUGGAAACCAGGUCAUCCACGUCAUGCAGCCAGAGCUGGAAGAAAUCCCAGAGGCCAAGCAUCAGCCCCAGUUCAAGGGCUACUACAAGAUUUCGCGACAUUACAAGUGGGCGCUCACGCAAGUCUUUGAUGUGCUGUUCUUCAACUCUGUCAUUAUCGUCGAAGACGACCUCGAGAUAUCGGAAGACUUUUUCGACUACUUUGCCGCUGGCCGACAGCUCAUGGAGCAGGACGAGACACUGUGGUGUGUUUCGGCUUGGAACGACAACGGCAAGAGCGAGUUUGUGAGCAGCGCCAAGAAACUCUACAGGACCGACUUUUUCCCCGGUCUCGGCUGGAUGCUCACGCGAGGUGUCUGGUCUGAGCUGUCCUCCAAGUGGCCCAAGGCGUUCUGGGACGACUGGAUGCGGGAGCCAGCGCAACGAGCCAACCGCGCCUGCAUUCGCCCCGACAUUUCGCGCGUCUCCAAUUUUGGCGAGCGCGGUGUUUCCGCCGGACAGUUCUUUUACGACCACAUUGCCAAAAUCAAGCGUCCCACAGAGACGGUGCCAUUCCUGAGCAUGGACCUCAGCUACCUUCUCAAGGACAAGUACGAUCCCGCAUACAGGGCAGCUGUGAAGGCUGCACGCACCGUCCGAUUCGAAGAAUUAUUGAAUUCCGUGCCACCGGGCACUGGAAACCUGCGGGUCGAGUACACGUCCAACCAAGACUUUGAGCGGAAAUCGAGCGAGCUCGGUCUCAUGUCUGAUCUCAAGGCUGGCGUGCCGCGCACCGGCUACAUGGGCAUUGUUGAGUUUAUGUAUAAGGGGAAUCGAGUAUACUUGAGUCCGCCGUCCGACUGGAGCGGCUAUCAUAGCUGAGAAAGCGAACAAACAAACAACAAAACCAAAAACCAAACGAAACAAAAAACGAAACAAAAAACGAAAAAAAAAAACAACAAAAAAAAAACAAAGCUGUGUUUAGUUUAGCUGUGCUUCUCGCCUCAUAGUGCUAUUCCCGUUGUAAUGCUGAAACAAAUCUCAUUUGUCCAUGUCUAAAAAGAGUAAAUCUU